CUUAUAGAUGUUCUAAUCGUGUGGUGCUCUUGUGGUUUUCGCCCUGCUGUUUGCCCCUUGGCUUGGCACAAGGACAGGCUGAGCUACAUAUUGGCAUGGUCGAAAAAUGUUUACCCUUUGGGGGGUGUUUUAGAGAAGGGGUGAUGUCUUAAAUACUUGGUCCUACAUUUGGAUAUCAAAUCAAUUCAGGGAUCAAUUCUGGGUCCUCUUCUCUUUUCAUUGUACAGUAACGACUUGGCGGGUCAAUUGUCUUAUUGUGAGGUACAUAUGUACGCUGACGAUGUACAAAUAUAUAUCGGCAGUCCGAGGGAUGAGAUUGCUGAAAACAUACGUCUGCUUAAUCAUGAUCUGUCAAGAGUCAGCACGUGGGCGAAAGCCAAUGGCCUGUGUCUCAACCCUGUAAAGUCCAAGUGUGUGGUUAUCAGAAACAGGCUGUCUCGUUUUUCAUGUGAUGUCGGUAUAUUCAUUAACGACUCUAGAUUGGAAAUCGUUCCUCAUGCAAAGAACUUGGGCGUUGUUAUUAACAGCACUCUGACUUGGAGUAAUCAUAUCGACUCUGUCGUUGGUCAGGGAUAUUCAAAAUUGCGUGCUCUCUGGGCCACUCAGUCGGUUACUCCGCUGCGGGUUAGGUCUCUCUUGGCAAAGACUUAUCUUGUUCCUGGCAUUCUCUACGGCUGUGAGUUGUUUGCUAAUUGCGACUCGCAAUUGUUGUUCCUAAGAUCGCUUACUUUCCUGCAUAAACUGAUCUACACGGAGGCACCACAAUAUCUGUAUGGAUUUAUUGAUUUCGCCAGAUCUACUAGAGGUAAAAAAAUCAUUCCCAAAAUGUAUCGGAGGCUUGUUUCUGAAUGGCAUAUGUUCAUAUUCGCUGUACGUGUCUGGAAUUCUCUUCCUAACGAUCUGCAAUUACUCAGUAACUCGGCAACAUUUAAAACCAGACUAUGGAAACAUUUUACUGCAUUAAGCUGACGAAUGUUAAGACUCAUUUAUAUAUUUAUUUUUAUUCUUCUAUACUUACCUCAAUUUCU